UGGUAUAUUGACAUUAUAAGUCGUAUGAACCUCUGUUCUUUGUCCCUUGAGGAAAAAAAAUAUUUGCCUGUUGUUUAAGUGUUAUGGUGACUAAACGAUUUAUGAUUUUUUGAUGGACGGUUAUCUCUUUGAAAAUCAUUGAUUUAUAUGGAUUAUCUUAAUAGCAUCUAGUAUACUUAUAUUCAUCUUUUACACCUUCCUUUGCGAAUCCGAUUUGACAAGAAUAGUCUGUGGUGUCUCAGUUUAUAAAAAUUAGAUAAAUUAGAUGGAUAACGAUAAUGGGAGACCUAACCAAGAAGCCAAUAUGGAUACUAAGGAUUGGAGAAAUGGACUGCCGCAAGAGUCACGCGAAAGAAUUUUCAACCAGAUGGUCGUGUACAAGCCGAACGGAAUGGACUCGUUAAAAAAACAUAGUCCUGGUUAUGGUGAAAAGGAAUUGCAUAUACUUCAUUUAGAUGCUAAAAGGUUUGAAGAGAAGAUUUUUACCACUGCAACAAGUUGGCCUGAUUAUUUAUUGAAAAUAUCUUCAAAGAUAGAUGUGAUGGAGACUAAAUCCCAAGACAUCAGGGCCAACCCACCAAAUCAAGUCACCAACAUUAAAGUUGAAGCUAAACAGUUAGACACGCAACGUGUAAUAGUGCCCAUGCCAUCGCCGAAAAAAUCCCUAAAGCGCCACUACCAUCAGAUGAAUAACGAUGAUGGGAGACCUAAUCAAGGUACUGAAGGCUAUAGUCAUUGGAAUGGACUGCAUCCAGAGACACGCCAAAUGAACAUCGACAAGAUGGUUGACUUGUUAAAAAGACAUCUGCCUGAUUCUGGUCAAGAUGUAUUGCCAGAACUUCAUAUGAUUGCUCAAAGGUUUGAAGAGAAGAUUUUUAAUGCUGCAACAAGCUUGCCUGAUUAUCUACUGAAAAUAUCUUCAAAGAUGCAUUCGAUGGAGACUGGAUGUCAGUGCACCAAGGCCAACCCACCAAAUCAAGUCACCUAUAUUAAAGUUGAAGCUCAGCAAUCAGACACGCAAACUGUAAUAGUGCCCACGCCAUCGCCAAACAUAUCCCUAAAGCGCCACCAACAUCAGAUGGAUAACGAUAACGAGAGACCUAAUCAAGGUACUGAAACCAUUUGUCAUUGGAGAGAUGGAUUGCAUCCAGAGAUACGCCAAAUAAAUGCCAUCAAGAUAAUGAACGUUUUUAAAAGACAUAUUCCUUAUCCUAGUCAAGAAUUUUUGCAUGAUCUUCAGAAGAUUGCUCAAAGAUUUGAAGAGAAGAUUUUUACUACUGCAACAAGCCAGUCUGAUUAUCUACGGAAAAUUUCUCUGAAAAUGUUUACAAUGGAGACUAAACCCCAGCGCAGCAUGACCAACAAUCCAAAUCAAGGUUAUUUUUGGUUUAGCUUAAACAACUGAUGGGACUGUAUUUUGUGACUUUUUUUCAUCCAAAUAAUACAUAUGGACACAAAAAUUACUUAAACAGGAUACUAUAAUUUCAAAAUAUUUACA